UCCAAGCCGUACUCAGGAGCCAACAUGGCGGCGCCCAGGCCGGCUGUCAAUGUGUUUACAUUCCGCGAUGCCCAGACGUCGCCUGACCCGGUGCAGGAGCCGGUGACCGAGGGUCCGGCGAUAAUCGUGCUGGAUAACGGCUCGUUCCAGUUACGGGCAGGAUGGGCUGGGAAGGGACCCAGUCUGCAGCUCCGCUCGGUGGUGGCCCGCAGCCGGGGUGGCCCCCGCAGUCUCAGUCGGGUGGGGAAUGAUAUCCCCAAUCUGGAGCCCCUCCGCUGGCUCCUACGGACACCGUUUGACCGGAACUUACCGGUGAACCUGGAGCUGCAGGAGCUGCUGUGCGACCAUGUGUUCCAGAAGCUGGGGGUGGCCUCUCAGGGCUAUGUGGACCAUCCGGUUGUGUUUACAGAGGCACCCUGUACUCCUCUCCAUGUGAGGCAGAUGGUAGCUGAGCUUCUCUUUGAGUGUUACCGGGUUCCCAAAGUAUCUUUUGGAAUAGAUGGAUUGUACAGCUUCAACCAUAACCAUAAAUGUCUGUCUCCAGCCAGUGGACUCAUCGUCUCAUCUGGUUAUCACUGCACUCACAUACUUCCUGUCUUGAGUGGGAGAUUCGAUGCCAAGAACUGCAAGAGGGUAAAUCUUGGUGGUUUUAAUGCAGUUACCUAUCUUCAACGCUUGCUACACCUUAAGUAUCCAGGUCAUGUCUCCGCUAUCACUCUUAGCCGCGUGGAGGAGAUACUCCAUGAUCACUGCUAUGUCCCAGAAGAUUACAUGGAAGAACUCCAGAAAUGGCGGUGCCCAUUUUACUAUGAAGAGAACGUGCACAAGAUGCAGCUGCCAUUUUCCAAUAAGCUCCUGGGCAGCGUCGUACCAUCAGAGGAGAAGCAGGAACGUAGGCAGCAACAGCUAAGACGUCUGCAAGAACUGAAUGCACGGCGUAGGGAGGAGAAACUGCAACAGGACCAAGAGCGACUGGACCGGCUACUCUAUGUACAGGAGCUCUUGGAGGAUGGACAGGUGGAGCAAUUCCAUAAGGCCUUGGUAGAAUUGAACAUGGACUCUGCCGAAGAGCUGCAGUCUUACAUCCAUAAACUAAAUAUAGCUGUGGAACAGGGCAGACAGAGAGUGCUGACCGAGGCUAUGGACUGCAAGCCACAGACCCCAGAAACGAUGGGAGGUGAACAGGAUGACAUGGAGGGUAUUUCCGAGCUGGAUCCUAUGUAUUCUGAGGAUCAAGGGGAGACUGAGAAGGCAGCACCCAAUGUCCAGGCAGUGUUUAAUAUUGCACAGUUCCACCAGAUGUACCUUGGGACAGAACGAAUCCGUGUGCCUGAGAUCCUCUUCCAACCUUCACUGAUUGGGGAGGACCAAGCCGGCCUGGCAGAGACCAUGCACUAUGUCCUUAACCAGUAUCCCCAUAAUGUACAGCUAGAACUUGUGAAAAAUGUCUUCCUGACUGGGGGCAAUGUGAUCUAUCCAGGAUUUCGGGACAGAAUGGUGAAGGAGCUAUUGCAGAUGAGGCCCUUUGGUUCCUUUUUUCAGGUUUCUGUGGCUUCUAAUCCAGCCCUUGAUGCUUGGCAUGGAGCAUCCGAUUGGGCAUUGGGGAAUGUGGAGGGGGAAGAUGGUUGGAUUAGUCGAGCUGAAUAUGAGGAAAAGGGGGGUGAAUACUUGAAAGAGCACUCUGCCUCAAACCGAUACACAGCUAUCCACCUUCCCAAACCUGCACCCCGCAGCACUGCUGCACCCACCGUUCAGGAGACCGAGACUGCUCCCCAAAUUCUUAUGACUACUGCUGAGUAAGCAGUUAGAUCACUUGAUUCCAAAGCGACUGACCAGUCACUCUAAGAGGCAUCAUUCACUGAGCUCUUCAAACCCUUUCUUUUGUGGCAGUUCAAUAAAAUAAAUCUCCAUAGACUUGGCUUUGCCUUUGCCACCGGAAGUAAUCGGACGAUAUGAAGAGUGGGAGCUGCACACCGUAAAGGUACACAGUUGCAAAUAAAUGAAACGCAAUGAUGGUCUUAGUACGCACACUGUGCCUUGAAGCAGAGCAUUUCUAAAGAACAUACAAUCUAAUUCUAGAUCAU